AUGGCCAAUUUUCUGGCACUCUCACUAAUAAUUUCAAACCUCUUCAUUGGCUUAGUGAGUGCUGAUUGGAACAUAUUGAACCAAAGAUUGAGAAAAGGAGUUGAAGCCAACUUGAAGAACUAUUGCGAGAGUUGGAGGAUCAAUGUAGAGCUAAACAACAUUAGGGGGUUCAGUGUUGUGCCUCAAGAAUGUGUGGAGCACGUGAAGAAAUACAUGACUUCAUCUCAGUACAAAUCUGACUCCUUUAGGGCAGUGGAGGAGGUCAGGCUCUAUUUGAGUGGAUGCUGCACUUUUAAAGGUGAUGGCAAAGAUUCUUGGAUUUUUGAUAUUGAUGAGACCCUUUUGUCCAAAAUUCCUUAUUAUAAGAACCAUGGUUUUGGGGGAGAAAAGCUAAAUGGGACAUCUUUAGAAGAAUGGAUGAAGCAAAGUAAGGCGCCGGCUCUAGAUCACACACUUGAGCUCUUCCAUGAAAUCAAGAACAAAGGAAUCAAUAUCUUUCUAAUUUCUUCAAGAAAGGAAACCCUUAGAUCUCCUACUGUAGACAACCUUGUGAAAGUUGGUUACCAUGGAUGGACUCGUCUUUCAUUGAGGGGUCUUGAAGAUGAAUUACUGGAAGUAAGAAAAUACCAUUCCAAGGUAAGGCAACAAUUGGUUGAUGAAGGUUACCGCAUUUGGGGUAUUGUAGGAGACCAAUGGAGCAGCUUUGAGGGUCUUCCAAUGGCAAAGAGAACAUUUAAGCUACCCAAUUCCAUAUACUAUAUUGCAUAA